AUGACUAUCGAAACUGAAAAGAUGGAUCUAAUCACUGUGUUCGAAAACCCAUGGCCCGCACGCAAGGACCACAUCUUCCUUGAGAUUGCCACGAUUAGGCACCUCGAACUCAUGGAAAUUUUCCUCAGGCUCAUGCCGUACAUGCGAAAGAACGAAGAAAAUGAGAUUCAUGUAGAGACCCUCGUCUACAUGGAAUGGCGCUACGUCAACUACUUGAGGGACGUCGCAAUCAUUUGGUACUGCCACCUCCUCUCGCCAUACUCGUUCCAUCGCCACCUAUGGGACAGCAAUCACCUGUCUUUCGGCUUGAAUCAUCACCAGUUCCCCUUGCAGAAGCUGCUGAGUCUGUACAAGUCCGGAAAAUGGUCUGACCGCAAAGCGCAGAAGAAGUGGGAUGACUGGAACCGCCAGGAGAAGAACCGCAGCCCCAACCUUCCAUUUCAACUAUGGCCCUUCGCGCCGUGGGAGACACCCCCGCAGAAGUCAAACUUGCUCUCCCGGAUUUUUCGCAAGUCUUCGUCAGAUCAGAGGGAGGAGAAGGAGGUCGAGGAAGAGCUGCAGGUGCACUUCUUCGGAACAUUGUGUCGGCCAAAUGGCCCGAUGAGCAUCGGACUACCCGGCUACACACGUUGGAGGACACGCGAGAACCCAAUCCAUUGCGUCUACCGCGCACGGCAUUCCCAGCGCGGAGAUCGCUGUCAGCUGAGACCAUGGUCCAAGGUGCAACAACUUCAACAAGUUCUCAGCCGGCAGUAUAUUUUCUGGAAGACGGUGAUCAGCGCUCGCGAUUCCAACCCGAAUUACGCUUCGAAGAGCGCCCUACAAAAAGAUCUCAUUGACUAUGAACGAUUCAUCAAACUCCUCGGGCAACCUCCGCCCCUGAAGAAGACACCACAAAGCGGCGUGUGGAGAGUUGACAUGGACGCGAUACCAGCACAGCGCGACGUCAAACUGGGCGUGAGGAACCGAGAAUUUGUGCCGCCUAACCUGACCAUCGACCUCAUAUGGCACACCCACCGACUAUACCCAGCAAGCUACUGGGUCUGGAGCUUCAACACUGCGGGCGGGCUCAUUGACUACAUGCCGAGUCGUUCUGCCCUGACGGCGAAACAAAUUCUGAACGAAACUCAGAAGGAAUGGAAAAGACAAAACGAGUCUGGGUACGACGAGCAGUAUUCACUGCAUGAGAGUGAUUUGGACGGGUAUUUCCCAGAUGCUGCGGUGGUUCCUGUAGGACAUCCGGCUCGGGCGAAGGCGCGCUACAUUCUGGGUGGUAUGAACCCGGUGAAGGAAUGGAAAAGGAGAACGAGAGGACAAUACUGUGUGUUUGAGGGUGUCUAUGUCUCAUUUGAUGGAGGUGGUUUCGAUAGCGGGUCUGGUGGAGGGGAUGGAGGUUGUGGCGGUGAUGGAGGAGGUGGAGGAGGAGGGGGAGAUGGAGGAAGUUGA